CAGGAGAUACAAGGUAUUUUGCAUGUUGUGGAAUUUUUAUUGACUGGGAUGGUAAAUGCCGAGACAAUGAAUGCCAGAUUAUUCUGACUUCGGCGAGCUUAGUUAGAAAUCCUGAUUAUCCCUAUGAUGAUGGAGACAAGACUGUUGAAGGAUUGAGGAUCGAAGUGCGUCUUCCGAGCAACAGACGAAGAGAAGGGACGUUAAUACAUUACAAUUUGCAAUACAAUGUUGCUUUAGUCAGUGUCCAAGAAUUAUGUGCUGUCCCUCUAGCCAUUUCUAAACAUGGGUCACUAAUUUGUUCUUCUAAGUUAGUAGCUGCUGUUGGGCGUUGCUUCAAAUCAAAUGAUUUGAUGGCUUCAAGUGGGCAACUGGUUCCCUCCUGGUCGGGUCCAUUUGAUUGCAAAAAGCUUCAUUACUCUACAUGUCGUAUCACUAAGGCCGGGAUUGGAGGGCCCCUUGUUGAUUAUGAUGGGAAUUUUAUUGGCAUGAACUUUUAUGAUCCAAAAAUGGGCACCCCGUUUCUGUUUUGUGAUGUUGUUGUUGAUAUCCUGGAUUGUUUUAAGAAAAGGACUGGUGCUGAAAUUGACAGUUUCCGUGUUGACGGAGAUGACACUGUUUUUAUGAACAGCUGCCCAGUGCCUCCUCCAUAUUGGAGGUGUCCAGGUGAUCCGGAUGGUUACAGCGAAUAUGAGCGUAAAGUCCUAGCCAGCGGCCGCAAGUUUGAAUACUAUGAUGGGCGGCUGGUGAAACUUGCUCGAAGUUUGUAA